GUCUCUUGGAACUGGGGCGCUUCUCACCCGUCCGGAACUGCCUCCGAAGUCAAACCCGGCGAAGUGACCGUCGUCUCGCACCGCGGCAACGAGAUCAGCAAGACCGGCGAUGAGAGUAAUCCCGCCGUGCACAUCGAGCGCAACGGAAACGAU